UCCAUCUCGUCGUCGGCGGUGUUCCGAAAAAUAAUUUAUUUUUUUUCUGUUUCAUCACAUAUAAUUUCUUUUGUUUUUAUCAUAAAUUUUAUGAUAAUUUUUACCAUGUGUCAUACUAUAAAUUAGCUCCAUACCCUAAAUAUAUUAGACAAGGUCCUAUAUGAUUAUUUCCCAUGGCGUUCGUGGCUCUAGUGUGCAGAGUUGCAUGCAUGCAUGUGUUAUCUUGAAACAUUGCUUGGACCAUUUGCCUUUUCAUUCAGAGAUCAGUAGUUAAGGAUCGAUCAGUAUGGGGCACAGCAGUGGCGCUGUUGAGUCUGCUGCGUGCAGAGUUCUUGCCGCCAUCGAUGAGGAUCCGGAGGCGGAGGGCUCGGGCUCGGGCUCGGGCUCGCCGGAGACGACGAGGAUGGCGGAGCGCAGGAAGGCCAUUGUGUCCAGGAUGCGGGAGCUCCUCCAGCGGGCUGCCGCCGCGCAGUCAGCUCACUCCAAGCUCCGCCGCUCCACCGUGGCCACCGCCAAGAAAUGGAAGAGGGUGGUGGGCCGGAUCCAGAACAGGGGAGCAAGCGCAACAGCCUGCAAGGAUCAUCAGCGAACAACUCUGCAGGACCAGGGCGACGGCAUGAUGAUGAGCUCCUCGUCGUCCUUCUCCAGCAACAGCAGCUUCAGCUGGGACGCCGCUGCAGAGAGCAGCUGCCCGUCGGCGAUGUCGCCUGCCAGUUACUCACCCGUGCUAUGGCCAGCAUUUGGAACCAAAGAUCAGAUGCCCUCGCCUGCGACGACCGUGCUCCGGCUCUCCUGUACCAGCAGCAACCGGAGCUCGGUGUUUGAAGGCGAGAUGGAGAUGGUCAGAAUGGCUCAGUGGAUUACCACGGAUUCAGACUGUGAGUUAUCCAGCCCUCAUCACUGCUCCAUGCACAAAUCUGAAGAAACAUAUAACAUCUGGUUCUGAACAACAAACUUUCAGUUGUCGUGUUGGAGCUCUAGCUAGCGAGAUGACGGAUCGAGGCAGCACACCAAGAUGAUUUCCCCGGAAACUUGUGCGUGUGUGUUGGACUAUAGAGAACUACAUGGGCCGGAAUCAAGAAAGCCAUCGUCUCAUCUGGGCCGGCAACGUUGGAGCAAGUGGGCUGGUUGCCUUUUCCGGCCAUCUGUGUGCGGAUUUUUUUUUCUUUUAAC